AUGAGAAGAGCUCUGCUUUCCAAGAAUAAAGUGAAAUUUAUUGAUGGGUCCAUAAAGAAACCCCAGAAAAAUGACAUCCUGUAUGAUGCAUGGGAAAGGUGCAACAUGAUGAUAUUGUCUUGGAUAACCAAGACUCUUUCUCCACAAAUUGCCGAGAGUGUCAUAUAUGUGGAAGAAGCAAAAGAACUAUGGGAUGAAUUGAAAGAAAGAUUUUCUAAAGGUGAUCAUUUCAAGAUUUCAGACCUCCUUCAAGAUAUACACUCCAUUAGACAAGAAACAGCUAGUGGAAAGGCCAAGGACGGGGACCUGGACAGCGUGGUCAAGGAAGAGGAAGAGGUAGAAAUCCUAACUAUGGGAAACAAUGCUCUUACUGCAACAAGAUGA